UGUACGCUUGUUUUUGAUAGUGCAUUUGUUUUUGAGCGUUUGUUGAAAUAUGUUAGGCGUGUUUCUCUUGUUACUGUGCCUGUGCCGAUUGUCCGUGCAGACAUUUGACCCUGGUUGUAGUUUUUCUAACGGUCAAUGUAUAUAUAACGUAAAACUUGGCCACGAGAGUCAAUGUGAUGCUGCGGGUAAACGUGCUACUUCGGAUGGUUCAAGUACAUCAUCACCUGGAUUCCAGGCUUGUUCAUGUAAAGAUGUUGAGAGCUUGAAUUCCAACAUGCAGUCACUCUGGUCGACCAUGAAUACACUUCAGCAAAACUUUAACUCUCUGGCUGGUCAGUUGAACGUUACACAACAGAAACUUGGUAUGAAGGAAUCUGAAGUAGCAGCGCUGCUUGCAGAUAACCACAAUAUCAGUGCUCAACUUGCUAACCAUCAAUUAUUGAUGAAUAAAAGUCAGGUUGAACUGGCCAAUACCGUGGCAUCUUUGAAUAAAGAACUUGAACGUGUCAGGAAAGAGCUGAGGAACACAAAUGACCAACUAACUACAUGCAAAAUUUCAUUGAACGGAGUAGACGGACAAAAAUCCACUUCUCCGGUUUUAUACGGUAAUUUCGUGACCCACUACUGCGGGUUUGAGGAUGGCCAUUACUGCAACUAUACUUUGGCCACAUGUAAACAAUCGGACCAAGAGUGCUGGCAGAUUGGUACUGGCAGACAAGACGUGUACUCGGGACCAAAAGAAGAUCACACGUUCGGGGCGCCAAACGGGCAUUAUAUGUUUAUUGAUCCAAGUCAAAAGCCUGCUUAUUCCUCGUCCUCGUCCUCGUCGUCACAUCCUUACCGCUAUGCACGAAUAAUCUCGCCAACACUCCCAUCAGCACACCAGUACUGCGUACGGUUUUGGUACACAAUGUUUGGUACUGACAUAGGAAGGCUCCGUGUGUAUGCACAGGUUGGUGGAGGCGAUGGGUACCCUGUGUAUGAAAAGACGGGUGCAGAGGACCAGUACUGGCACAUGGCUCAGAUUUCACUUGACUCAGAAUAUACCGCUCAGCCUUUUAAGAUUGUAAUAGAAGGGAACACAAACUCGUAUUAUUCGUACUCGUACAACUCCCACCACAACAAUCAUUUCAUGCAAGGUUACACUGCAUUUGAUGACGUCUAUAUUUACAACACGUCAUGUUCAGACGUACCAAACUGUCCUGCUGGCUCCCGAAAAACGACAAUAGACAAUGUUACCUCCUGCUACACGUUUCAUGUGACACCAAGAACAUGGUCUGAGGCAGUGAAGAUAUGCAAAGCUGAGGCACCGAACGCUCAUUUAGUGAGUGUAAACUCCCAAAAGGAACAAAACUUCCUCUUGGACACUAUACAAAGUGACUCAGUUUACACGUCAAUGGGAACUUCCGGUUGGUAUACGAGCGGUACGGAUGAGAGGGAUGAAGGCAAGUUCGUCUGGACUGACACGGGCUACCCGUAUCCAGUAAACUACACAAACUGGCAUAUCGGGCAGCCAAACAACGUCGGGAACGUCCAGAAUUGUCUUCUGCUGCAAUACAGUGACGUCAAGUACGAGUGGGGUGACGUCAACUGCCAGGAUAAACACCCGUUCAUAUGUGAAAUGCAUGUUUAAAGACAUUUUGAGUAAUACAGAAAUAUAACAGUACAUUUGUACAUCAA